CUUGGCGCGAGUCUCCCGGCGCGGGGUUCCUCCCACGCACACUCAUUCAAAAGAUGCCGAAGGUGCGGCGCGGCAGCCGGAGUCCCAGGAUGAGCCAGCGGCCGGCACCGCCCCGCUAUUUCCCGUCCCUCUACGACGGUGGCAUCUCCUCCUCUCCGUUCAAAGAGUUCAACAUCUGGGAGAAGCUCUUCGAGCCGCUGAAGGCGGGCGGGGCGCCGGCGGGCGAGGAGGCGGGGGACGGACCCCUGCCCCAGGUGCCCUUCGCCCUGGAGCCCCGGCCGCCGCCUGGCGUGGGUCCCCCCGGCGAGUGCCCCUGGCCCUCAGGCCUGGCCUCCAUCCCCUAUGAGCCUCUGUGCUUCUACUCGCCGCCGCCGGGCCCUGAGGUGGCUCCCUCGCCCACGGCUCCCAGCCCCGCGGGCUCCCCGCUCGCCUCUGCCCUCCACCCCGAGGAGUUGUGCGAGCUGGAGAUCCAGAUUAAGGAGCUGGAGUUGCUCGACAUCAUUGGGGACGGCUUCGACUCCCAGCGCUGUGGGUGACUUCGCCAGGGCCACCCGAGCCCACCCUCCCUGGUUGGCCCCACAAGAUAAACUCCUGAAGGCGCUGAAAGAUGAGAAGUUACAAGGACUGAAGACCAGGCCACUCGGAAAGAAGCUGGCCUUGCUGUCCUGAGGAGCUGCUCUCCAGAGCCGGGAACCCCCACUUAGGUUUUAGUGCUUAGAUAACAAGUCCCAUUUACUGUGAUUGCAAAGAUGGUUAUUUUCUGUCCAUAUUUACUGCUGUCAUUGCUCCCAGCAUGUGCUCCACAUGGAGUACCUGCGGUGUGGUCCAUCGCAGGUCUCUCUCCUCUGUGCUGCUGCUGGGGGAGCUCCCUGCGGGGUCUGGAAGCUGCUACUGCACUGGCUUUCAGGGUCUCAAGACUCCAGAGGAGGGGACACCCAAACUGCUACAGCACGAAAACCACCAGGAUGGAUGUGUAGGAGGGAGGUGGGAGAAACCAAGGGGAUGAGGUUUUAGGAAGAUCAAUUUAGUUUGGAAUAAAUGAGCCUGGAGUUUAGAGAAAGGCCUGGACUGCAGUAUAAAUUUAGGGAGUUGCUGACGUGUGGAUGUAUUUAAAGGGUGAGAUUAAAUGAGUCCCUUUGGGUGCCCGGAGGAAGAAAUAGAACCAUUUACAUUUGGAUAUUCCUUUACACAAAACUCAAAACCAAAAAUGUAAAACUUUCUGAGCACCAACAUUUCCACCGUAAGUGGAGAAUUCUAUAUCAUGGAACUUUGUUUUGCGCACAAAAUUAUUUUAAAUAGUGCAUAAAAUUACCUGUAGGCUGCUAUAUGUGGUAUAAAGAAAACAUCAAUGAAAGUCGUGUUUAGACUUGGGUCCUAUCCCCAAGAUAGCUCAUUAUGUAUAAUACUUAAAGAUACUACUCCAAAUCUGAAAAAAAUGUCCGUAAGUCAAAACACUUUUCAAGCAUUUUAGAUAAGGGAUAUUCAGCCUGUAUUGAACUUCAUGGUGCUCAAGAGUUUGGGGAAAGAGGAGGAACCUCCAAAGAGAAUGAAAAGGAGUGGCCAGUGAGGUAGGCAUCUUAGACAUCAAGUGAAGAACGUUACCAAGGAGGAGAGAGCAGUCAGCUCGGAUGAAUAGCGCUGGCAGGCCAGUGAGUCUGAGAAGUCACUCAGAGUUAGUGACACAAAUUUAGCAUUGGUGAUAGUGUCGAGAACAGUUUUGCUUGAGUGAUGGGGUUAAUGCCUGAGUGGCAUAGUUUUCAGAGAGAAUGGGAAGAGCUGAAUUGGAGACGAUGGGCGCAUAUCAUCCCUUAGAGCAUUUGCCUGCACAAGAGGGCAACCAGGAGGCUGGAGCUGCCUGGGCCAAGGGCACAGUAAGAGAGGCUUUCAUUAAGACAGAGGAGAAACUGCGUACUUGUGUUCUGAGGAAUGAUCUGGGAGAGAGAAAUCAUGAUGAUGGUGGAGAGAAUGGAAGUCGCUGGAAUGGCAUCCUUGAGUCGGUAAGAGGCCUGAUGCCUUAGUCUGUUUGCAUAGUCCUGGAAACACACCAAGGCUGGGAAAUUUAUAAAGCACAGAAAUUGAUUUCUCCUAGUUCUGGAGGCCGGGAAGUCCAAGAUCAUGGCGCAGGAAGCAUGGGAGCCUUGUCUCUCUGCUUCCAAGAUACUCCCUUAAGGGCUGUGCCCAUGGAAUGUGUCCUUAUGUGGCAGAAGGACAGUAGAGGAGAUGAAGCCCAAGUUACAAGCCUCUUUUGAAACUCUGUGCAUUCAUUCAUGAGAGA